ACACAAAUUGUCCGUGCGGCAUUGAUCCGCGCAGGGGUUCAAGCCGCCGCCGACGAAACAGCUGCUUGUGCAACGUUCAGACAGCCACUUUUUGGCGUACCACUUCCAACGCGAUCCACAAUUACACAACACUCCACAAAGCAGUCGCGAAUGCCGAUCAAGGCAGGCUAUAGCGUAUCUGUACUGCCCAGACAGUGAACGGUUGCUCGAAACUCUCCGCCUUUAGCUCGACCAGCACCCAAGGGAGAGAGAGCCUCACAGCUACAUAGCUAUAUACUGCCGCUCCUAGAACGACACCAUGGCGUCGGCGUCAGGCUCAGGCCUGACCCGUCGCCGAGGCGCCGGCACCGCGAACACCGAAUCCAACGACGAGAACGACAACAGCCGCGUCUCCUCCCCCACGCCGCGAAAACCCACCGACGACCCACGCUCCCCCGACACGGCCUACGAAAGCGGCUCGAACGGCCACAAGAUCGCCUUUGACCCGCGCGACAUCAGCGAAAGCGCCGAGCGGCUGAAACAACCCAAAUUGACGCUCAUGGAGGAGGUGUUAUUGAUGGGGUUGAAGGACAAGCAAGGGUAUCUCAGCUUCUGGAACGACAAUAUCAGUUAUGCGUUGCGGGGGUGUAUAGUGAUUGAGCUUGCGUUUCGGGGGAGGAUAAGCAUGCAGAAGGAUUCCGGGAGGAAGAGGUUUCCGUUGCCGGAUCGGGUGAUUGAGGUGGUGGACGAGACGUUGACGGGGGAGGUGUUGUUGGAUGAGGCGUUGAAGAUGAUGAAGAGUAGUGAGAAGAUGAGUGUGAGUUCGUGGAUAGACCUUAUGUCGGGUGAGACGUGGAAUCUGAUGAAGAUUGGCUACCAGCUGAAGCAAGUCCGUGAGCGGCUCGCGAAGGGAUUGGUCGACAAGGGCAUUCUGCGGACGGAAAAGCGCAACUUCCUGCUCUUCGACAUGGCGACACAUCCCGUCGCUGACGGUGGGGCGAAGGACGAGAUCCGACGACGGGUUCGGGCAGUCCUUACGAGCCGCACCGUCGUACUACCAGCAUCCCCCUUUCUGCCCGAUGGCAUCGAGUUCCGGUAUCUACGGACGGUGGCCAUGCUGUGUGCAGCAUAUGCGGCGAAUGUGCUCGAGAAUGCGCUGGUCACGCUGGGCCACGAAGCACGGGAACGAGCGUUCGCGCAGGUUGAUGAGUUGCUUGCGGAGUAUUCGCAAUGGCCGUUUGGGAAGAGAGCGGGCGGCAAUGCUGCUAUCGGUGCUAAUCUCGACCAAGUCAUAAGGGAUGAGGUCAACCAAGCGAAGGACAAGGAGCUGCAAUUAGAGGUCGUUGCUGCGUGCUUGAACGUCUUCACAAGGCUUGAUUCGCUACUAUAGGCGAGAGUCGGUGGAAGGUCUACCACCUUCAUCAGCAGUUCCGGCACGUCCUUGCGGGGAGCGAGAAAGCGCCCAAGCGCUUUGACUGCAUCUUCACUUCGAACUGAUCGCGAAAGGCUGUGAGGCACUAUAGAGUGCCUCGGGUCAUUUACUGUUUCAGCGACCGUCAGCAUUGUUAGGAGCAUGUGGCGUCCUUAUCGCAAACGAACGGAUCGUAAGGUCACGUGAUGACUUGUUCAAAGGGAGCAAUAUCUGCAGGUUGCAAACCUAUAGCGAUAUUAUUAAGACUCCCGAGUGUUGUAUCGUCUAUCUUCAUCUCCCCCCUUGUGCCCUACAAUGAUAGGUACAUGUAGAUCUUUGGGCCCCAUCUCUUCCCUUCGAUGCCAAGAUGAAGCCGAAGCGAGGCGGGCUCGGCCGGGCGCAAUCUCUCC